AUAAGAAGAUGCCGAAGAAGAUGCAUAAUAUGUAUUGGGGAAGUAAAUGUGAUAAUUACAUAUAUAUAAUUCCACAAACAUUUGUUAUUACUAAAUAUUCAUCAGUUAUUUUUACAACAAAUUUAUAGAAACUUUACGAGUAAUUUUUAAACUAUUUGAAAUUAAAAAUUAUAUUUUUGUGUUUCAAACUAUAUGACAUUGUAUGCAUAAUAAAUAUUUUCAUACAAUAUUUAUAUCCGUGAAUUUUCACAGACACCUAAUUAAAAUUAAAUAUCAAGAAGUAAUUAAAAAUGUGGUUCGCCAUAAACGUUUUACAGUUUAAUUAUGCCAAUUAUGAAUAAAUAGUAUAUAUAAUUACUAAAUAAAAAAGAAAUCAAAACAUUUGGAAAACUAUGGUUAGUAUCAAAAUCGUAAUUGACAUGCCCCAAAAUGUAUUGGUAGUAAAGAUUUGUUUCGAAUUCAUUUUAAAUAUAUAAAGUAACAAAUUAUGACAGAAUACAAAAGAAUGACAGCAAAUAUUUUAGUGUCUCUAGUGUGGAAUUCUAGUAAAUAUGCUGGGUAAUUGGUGAGUGUAUAUAAAAAGGCGGCCCCCUGCUAAAUAUGUUUCUAAAAAAACGCAAAUAGCUUUCUUUUUUUCCUUUUCUAGUAAAGUGCCAAUUACACCAUAAAUAAAGACUAAAGAUGUAAACUUUUUAUUCAAAGCUAAUAGAUUUAAUAUCUUAGUUGGAACUUGAUUAUAAAUUUUCAUUCAAAAAAUUCAGUUGAUUACUUGAAAGAUUUCUAGUUGAUUUACACCAAAAAAAGAUUUCUAGUUGAUCGUAGUUUCUUACUAUAAUUGGUUUUGACUCGAUGGCUGAUUUCAGUUUCUCCCUCUUUUGAAUGUCUGAAAAUGACAUAACCGAUUACGUCAUUAUGCUUAUAUCAUAUCUUACGUCAUUAAUAACGCGGCUUCCCAAUGUGAUAACGCAUUCAGUUUAGUAUUAAUGGAGAAAACAUAUAGUAAAAGAUAACGCAUUCGGUUUGUGCCUGUACGUUAAAUCCUCCGGAGAGAGAGAGAGAGAGAGAGAGAGAGAGAGAGAGAGAGAGAGAGAGAGAGAGAGAGAGAGAGAGAGAAAAGUUUUGAAUCUUUAAUAAGAUGUCAGAAUUAACAUUGGCCAGGUUAUCUGAUUUAGAAUCACAAGAAGGUGAAGGUUCUCCUUCAUUAAUGUCACAAACCCUCUCCAGGGAUCCACAUGCAACCUCCGGCGGUAACGAUGACAGUGAUGGUGGACGGAUUCCGGUAGAAGAGUGGCUGCCGAUCACGGAAUCAAGAAAAGGGAAUGUUUACACUGCGACGUUUCAUCUUCUCUGUUCGGGACUUGGUUUCCAAGUGCUUGUUCUCCCUGCUGCUUUCGCAGUUCUCGGAUGGUUAUGGGGAAUGAUAGUUUUAACGGUUGGAUUUGCAUGGAAGCUUUACACGAUAUGGCUUCUUGUUAAUCUCCACGAAGCCGUAGACGGAAUACGUUUCAGUAGAUACUUGAGACUCGCAAUUGCUUCAUUCGGUAAUAUAUAAAAAAAAUCUAUCAAAUUCUUUCGAAUUUUGUCAUGAAAUAAUAUAAUAUAUAGGUGUGAAGCUUGGGAA